UCUGCCAGAGCUCACCCCGCCACAGAGCCAGGCCUGGGCCACACGAGCAACACAAGCAUCAUGAUGGGCAAAACUGUGACUGCUCUCCUGAUCCUCCUCCUGAUCUCAGCUCUUGGAACACAAGGUGAGGUUAUGCCACGCUCGGCCAUUGAACUCCGGUGCCAGUGCAUAAACACCCAUUCCAGGUUCAUCCAUCCCAAGUUCAUCCAAAACGUGAACCUCACCCCUAGCGGGCCUCACUGCAAGAAUGUUGAAGUCAUCGCUACCCUGAGAGAUGGCAGAGAAGUGUGCCUGGAGCCCACUGCUCCCUGGGUGAAGCUSAUCAUCAAGGCAAUUCUGGACAAGGCCAACACCAAAUCUGAGACAGUGUCCUAAAGCAAAGAAGAAAAAUAUUCUAACUCUUUCAGCGAGGUGAAAAGGGAAGAUCCUCACCCAACUUCUGACAGCUGACCUCCUYCUGCCUCCCAUGUUCACAAUUUCACAGCAUCUAGAAUAUGUAUUCCCCAGUCUGUAGUUAAUUGACAAAUGACACUUCUAGUCUUUUAAAGAAAGGAAAGAAACCACUGACAYCAAAACAAGAAGGCAAAAGAAACAGUUUGUGGAAGAAUAUGGAGAUGAUUCUGAAACAGUUUUUGCUAAACACAGCUGGAACAGUGCAGUGCAUACCCAGCAGAGCUUUCACUAAAUGACUCCUUCCUUUUUUGCUAACAGUUUAGGAAAAGACCAGCAACAACUUCAGCUGUACCUGAGCCACUGCCACUCACAGUGGGCUACUGGCCGAAAAGGCGAGAAUUGCAGAAUUAACAUGUCAAAAUUCUGCUACAUUAGGUUUUGUGUCAUCAUUUUCAAGCUAUUACUUAAUGUGAAUUAGUGUUGUAAAGCUAUAAACAUAUGUUUUAAUGCCAUCUUUUGGCUAGGGA